ACCGAUUCCCAAACAAGCCAUUCGACGCACAUCGGAAACUCGAAAUUCUCAGCGCACAUUUCGGUCAGUGUUUCCUUUUUAAUUUCGUUACCGUAACCCAAGAUUUGCCGUAUUUGGUGUUCCGUUUUGGACUAAACCAUGUCGAAGGCGCAGCAGCUGAUGGCCAGGGACCAACUGGCGGCCAUGGCGGAGGAGGAGGCGCGUCGUAAACGCGUCGAAAUGCGUCAAAGUUAUGGUAACAAGUGCUCCAGCAUAAAUCUGAACAGGAUGCGCCAGAAGCACACAACCAGUGGUGGCGAUCUGAUCGCAACCAAAGCAUCUGCAAUGGAAGCUGCCGCCCACAGCAAAGCGCCUGUGAAAGGCAUUGCAGACGCGCCGGCGAUCAAGGAGAAGGACCCCUCAUUGCGUCGCAUUGCCUCCAGCUUUGCCCACGUACGGGAUGUGGUCAAUGGCAGUUCCGACGCCUUGCCCCUGGAGGAUUGCGAGGACGAUGCACGCGAGGAGCGCGCCGAGGUGCUCAUCUGCAGUCAGACAAUGCCGCUACCCUCGCCCGGUGACAGCGAUGAGCUGCCCCUUGACUUGCCACCUGGCAAAUCUCAGCCUGACUUUGAGUUUGAGCCUCAGCUUGAGCCUGAGUUUGGGGCUGAGUUUGGGCCUGAGUUUGAGCCUGAGUUUGAGCCUGAGUUUGAGCUCCCAAACAAAGACGCUGUCGCCAAGGCUGCUGACCUGGCGGCUUCUCUCAAGCUGUCCGAACAAAUACCCGAUGCACUGCACACCGAAUCUCGUGCCUUCGAGCGCUGGCAGCAGCUGGGCAGCACGGUUUCUGCACUGUUCCGUGCCCGGCGGUACAUGGACACGGAGGAGACACCGAUGGCACAGACCCGACGACUGAGGGAGCAGCGCGAACUGCUCGAGGCCUUCACCCGGCCCUUUCUGUACAACGCCUACAGGAGGGAGUAGUGAAUGCCGGCAAAACGGAGCCAACCCCCCAAUCCAUUCAAAUUCAAACAAAUCCCAGCGCAUUGUGUUCGAUUAAAUUCAAUUCAUUGGAUCUUGCGUCCGUUCACAA